AUGAGGUGUAGAAAACAGUUUAGACUGUUCAAACAUCCCGUCUUGGAGACAUUUGGAGGAGGGCAGAGAGCAGACUUUCAAAGAGAUCGAAAUGAAAAACGGCCUGGGAGGAGCCUUAGGUACUUCAUGCGACCAGUCAUCAUCACACGUCGCUUUGAAGACUCUGGACUCUGGCGAGGUCCAGCCUUAAUCGACUCCACUUGGCCUCCGCCUCUAAGUGAUGCGACUUGCUCGGCCAUCCCACUCAGGGUCUCGGAUAAUCAUGACACUCUAGACUCUCCAGCAAAUGUGACAGGUAGUGCUCCCUACGCCGCAAACUGUGACGGUUGUACGGCACUUCGCCUCGUAUAA